CCCGCUUACCAGUACACACUAUUUAAAACAAUGGCGACAGAGUCUACCAAUCCGGAGCCAGAGGGAGAGGAUCGCGAGGUUAUACGCCAGUAUGUCAAAAAGGUUCGGGAACAUCGCGAAAUAGACACUCGCUUAAAAAAGUUACGUGCUGAUAUAAAGACGUUAUCAGUUAAAGAUGACCAGACGGAAGACGACCUUAAGGCCUUGCAAAGCAUCGGGCAGAUUGUCGGCCAUGUGCUACGUCCCAUAGACAAUGGAAAGCUUAUCGUAAAGGCAUCAAGUGGGCCACGAUAUGUGGUCUUUUGUAAAACAAAAAUAGACCCGUCGACCUUGGUAUCUGGUACUCGUGUAGCGUUAGACAUGACUACAUUGACCAUUAUGAGGAAGUUACCCAGAGAGGUCAACCCCGUGGUGUUUAACAUGCUUACUGAUACGCAACGUCCGAAUGAGGAAAACAAGCCGUUGAGUUACAGCAGCAUCGGAGGUCUCGACAGGCAGAUUCGCGAAAUGCGUGAGUCAAUCGAGUUACCGUUACGCAAUCCAUAUCUUUUCAAACGUGUUGGUGUCAAGCCACCUAAGGGUGUUUUACUUUAUGGCCCACCAGGAACGGGCAAAACCUUGAUGGCUAAGGCUUUGGCCUCUUCCAUGGAUUGCCACUUCCUGAAGGUUGUAGCUUCUGCUGUGGUGGACAAGUACAUCGGAGAAUCUGCCAGAAUAAUCAGGGAAAUGUUUGGUUACGCAAAGGACCAUCAGCCAUGUAUCAUAUUUAUGGAUGAAAUUGAUGCCAUUGGAGGUAAGCGCUUUUCACAAGGAACGUCGGCUGAUCGUGAAAUCCAACGCACAUUGAUGGAGUUACUAACCCAUCUAGAUGGUUUCGACGAGUUAGGGCAGGUUAAGAUAAUCAUGGCAACAAAUCGACCGGAUGUUUUGGAUCCCGCUCUUAUGCGCCCUGGACGCAUCGACAGAAAAAUUGAGAUACCUUUACCCAAUGAAUCAUCACGUGUGGACAUACUGAAGAUCCAUAGUAGCAAGUUGAACAAGAAGGGUGAUAUAGACUAUGUAGCAAUAUGCCGUUUAUGCGAUGGAUUUAAUGGCGCAGACAUGCGCAACGUAUGUACGGAAGCUGGUAUUUUCGCCAUACGUGCUAUGAGAGACUACGUAGUUGAAGAAGACUUCUUCAAGGCUGCUCGUAAGCUGACCGAGACAAAGAAGCUUGAGGGUACGCUAACCUAUGAAAAGGUAUAAAAUGCAAUUUUGGAAACGUUAAACUAAAUAUAUUUGUUAC